GAGACUGACCAUGGUGAUUCACCUGACUUCAUCCUUAAAUGUUGACAUCCCACAACUAACUUAUGAGUUUGCCUCGGGUGACACCGGCGUUAUACCAUGCAACUUUAAACCUCGGAAUGCAAUGAACCCAUCAGUCAUCAUCACCUGGACUGCACAUCCAUAUAAUCCUGAAGAUAGAAAUAUUGACAUUAUCACAUAUUACUACUCGGCUCGUCGACCUGCUCAAGAGGACGUCAGUGAUGAAUAUGCUGGCCGAGCUUCAGUUCAGGCAAUCAUUUCUCAAGGAAUGGCAACCUUAACGCUCCAGUCUCUAACAUCUCACGAUAGUAGAGUGUAUCAGUGCGAUGUUAAAAUUCCUGGAGACACACGAGGAAAGAGCUCAGACACCACGACACUAGUGGUUUGGGUGGCUCCAUCCAAACCCAUCUGUGCCAUUCAGGGCAGAGUAGGGUUUAACCAGAACAUCAAACUGACCUGUCAUUCAGACGAGGGCAUGCCAAUACCGACAUACAAAUGGCAAAGCUACGAUGUCAAUAACAAUCCCCGACCGAAUCCUCCCAAAUCUACCGAAGGUAUAAUGUCACUUUUCAAUAUUUCCAAGGACACUGAUGGUUAUUAUGUUUGCACGGCUGUUAAUAAAAUUAACAGCCAGACCUGUAGCCUAACUUUGGCCAUCAUGCCAUCCUCCACGAACCGCCGAUCAACAAAAAGAAUAACUGAAGAAUGUGCAGAAAAUUGCCAGUGGUGCAUGCAAACAUGAAAGAACAGUGGGGCCUUUAUAAAAA